GUGUCGGAGCCCUUCUACCUCAUUCCUUAGACAGAUUUUAUAGAAGUGGUGUUGCUUCUAGCCAAAAUUACCAGUAUAUUUUUUGAUCUAUAACAGUGAAAAUAUUUAAAAAGCAAACAUUUAGCUAAAAAAUAAAAUAUUAAUAGAAAUGGAGAACAAUAACAACCGAGUAGCACCCGAUGACGAUGAGAUGGAGGCUUUGAAUCGCAUCUUCCGGCCACAUCACCGCUUUCGGCUCAGACCCGAGCUGGAUGUGAACUGCUCCACGGACAAUGGGCUCUUCACGGAGGACGUACGCCGAUCCGAUUGGCGUCUGAGGAACGUCAGGUCGAUCCACCAGAUGGCCUCUCCCCCCAAGGUGAAGGCCAAGCGGAAGGCCCUCAAAUCUUCAACGAAGACCCGUCCGAAGAAGAGCGGCAAGACCAGUCUGAGGAGCGAGAAGGCCAGACUGAAGAUGGCCCUGAAGAAGACCAUCUAUCGCCAGUUACUGGAGCGGCUGAGGAGCUCAAAUAAGAAGGCACGGACCCGCACCAAGCACACAAAGCCUUCGACUAGGCCAGUAAGACCUCCGACUAAGCUAAAGCCACCGACUAAGCUUAAGCCACCGACUAAGCAGGUGAAGAAGCCAACUAAGCCUCCAGCAAGGCAAGCACCCGACGACCGGUACUCCCUGUACCCUUUCCUGAUCAACACCUCCGGAGAUGGUGUCCAAGACGAGUCCAGCACCAUGUUCGGAGCCCCACUGAUGCCGAAGUUCGGACUCUUCAAUAUAGUCGGCCAGGACAAGGAGUUGGAAAACAGGGUUCUAUUGAUACCGAAGGAGUACGAUGCCAGGGACAUGCCAGGGACUUCGAGGAACACGGCCCAGCGAAGAGGUCGGAGGGAAUCGCCUUCAGAACUCCUUAUAUGUGCCAAUGGUGCUGGGUCCAAUCAUUCCUCUGAAGUCGAUUCAGGGCUGUACUCCCUCCUGUCGGCCAACGUAACGCCCAGUGAGGUGCAACUGGUACUCGAUCAUCGUUUAAACAAGCCAUCUAAUAGCAAAACAGUUUCAGGUCCUUGUUGAAUGUCUUAAAAAAUUAACACUCUUUGAAUAUAGUUUCGGCCGUUUUUGGAUGCCUUUUUGACCACAACAGAUGCACACUAACAC